UCAUCAUCAUCACCACCACCACCAUGGCCAACCAUGGCCAUCAUCAUCAUCAUCAUCAUCAUCAUCAUCAUCCCCAAGCUUCACUUGGAAGCGAUUCCUCUCACCACCACCAAACCAAACCCUCCUCUCCAUCGCUUCCCCCAAAUGCUACCCCGAACCACACACGCCACACUCUCACCUCUCUCUCUCUACGAUGUCGCCGGCGUUUUCCCUCCUCGCCCUAACCCUCGCCCUGUCGGCAGCGAUCGGGGCCGUCUGUUCUCAGAUCAACGGCUGCAGCGCCGAUCUGAGUGCUUUCCUCCCCGCCCCCUUCAACGUCUCCGGCCUCAGUUGUAGGCCCAUGUGGAACAGCUUCAUCCUUAGGCAUUCUCAGAACCAGGAUAACAUCUUGAGCAUUGUGCUGUCCUCUCCGUACACGUCGGGAUGGGUCGGGAUCGCGUUCUCCAACGAUGGCAUGAUGACCGGGUCGAGCGCGAUGGUCGGCUGGAUCGGCAACGAAGGGCGGGCGUACAUCAAACAAUUCUAUUUAGGCGGCCAGACUAGUUCGCAAGCCGUCGUGAAUAAGGGGAAUUUGCUGCUCAGCAGUGAUGCUGCUCCUUCAGUUGUACUUUACGGGGCGAGUAUCUACUUAGCAUUUCAGUUGAAGUUUCAGGCUCCCGUUACUCGCCAGGCGCUUCUGUUCGCUUACUCGACGACUCCGCCCAUGAAUUACCGUCUCACCGAACACGACGAUAAGACGUCGGUCUCUUUCGAUUUUUCUCCAGGAGCUUCUGCUUCUACUUCUACUUCUCCUUCCUCGUCUUCGUCGUCUUCUUUUUAUCCAUACGAGUUGAAAAGGAAUCACGGUGCGCUAGCCAUGUUUGGAUGGGGAGUGCUUCUACCUGUCGGUGCCAUUGUCGCGAGAUACUUCAGACGAAGAGAUCCUCUUUGGUACCACCUUCAUGUAAUUAUUCAAUUUGUGGGAUUUCUUAUCGGCCUCGCGGGUGCGGUCGCUGGAAUCGCUCUUUACAACAGAGUACACUCUAAUUUCACAACACACAGGGGCCUCGGCGUUUUUAUCCUUGUGCUAGGUUCUCUGCAGGUAAUUGCAUUCUUCUUACGACCGGAUAAGGAGUCGAAGAUCCGCAAGUACUGGAACUGGUACCACCACUGGGUCGGCCGGCUUGCUCUUUUCCUCGCGGCGGUUAACAUUGCUCUUGGAAUUCAAAUUGGAGGUGCUGGUGAUACCUGGAAAGCAGUUUACGGAAUUCUCCUCGCCGUCAUCUUAAUUUCCGUUACAGUCCUCGAGAUCGCUUUCUGGGUAAGAUAAAAUGGUCUGAACAAACCUUUUUUGAUCCGAUUCAUGUACGAAGCUUUUGUGAAGAACCUAAGAGAUAGAAUCUGUCGCAGAUUGUUCGUUCAUCUUUUACUGUGAUCAGAUCGAGCCAAUUCUGUCGGUAGUUUUCCCAUUUUCAUUCAUAUCUUCUCCUUUCUUUAUAUUAAUGGAUUAACUAUUGAGUCGAUUCUUUCAUGGUUUCAGUAUUGUAAACUAGUAUACAGUUUGUACUUG